AAAAAUUAAAAAAGAUACUUCAAUUCAAUUCAUCCUGAUAGCUACAGGGAUAUUGUUGGAUUGAGAAUGCCGUAAGAAGAAAGCAGAGUGUAGCAGUACUUACAGGCUCUAUAUAUUUACAGGCUCUAUAACAACAAAGCACCAAGGGAAGUUUAGUUUCAAGCAAAGGAUAAAAGAGGAUCUUCACCCGCACAAAGGAGUGAAAGAGAUUGAGAAAUAGAUCAUUAUCAUAGAGUCCAAGAGGUCUUUGGGUUUGGCUUUUCUUUCUUUUACCACCACCACCAGUCCACCACAGAAAAGUCAGUGUAUCCACACAUAUUUAUUACACAUAUCAAAGGAAGCUCUGUCUUCUUAUGUUCUCUUUUACCAUUUUUUUCUGUCUAUAGAAAAGUCUAUAUCAACUUCCAUAUCCUUUCUUCUUUUAUUCAUCCUUUUCACUCAAGUAAGUGAUCAAUAUGAUAACAACCUCUCCAACCAACUAGCUAUACAUAUUGAAUAUUCUUGGUGUCUAGUUUUUAAUUACAGAAGAGAGAUGUGCGGAUUUAAGGAAGAAGAUCAAGGACAGUGUUCUCAAACUAUUCAUAACAUUCAAGGCUAUCAAGAACAGUUUUUUCUUCAGCAACAACUCAUGCAACAGCAACAGCAACACAAUAAUGAUAUGUAUGGAGGAGGUAGAGGAGGAUUGAUUUUUCCUGAAGUUUCUCCCAUCCUGCCAUGGUCUCUCACUCAAGUUCACUCUUUCAACCCGGCUAACUACACCACCAACCCGGUUCAUGAACAUGACCCAUUUCUUCUUCCACCUCCACCAUCAUCAUAUGGGAGUUUGGUCAACAGAAGAGCUCCCGGCGUUCAGUUUGCAUAUGACGGUCCAUCAAGUGAUCAUCUCAGGAUCAUAUCAGAUACUCUUGGACCAAUGGUUCAACCCGGUUCAGCCCCUUUUGGUCUACAAGCUGAAUUUGGAAAAAUGACCGCCCAAGAAAUUAUGGAUGCUAAGGCCCUCGCUGCUUCAAAAAGCCACAGUGAAGCUGAGAGGAGACGAAGGGAAAGAAUCAACAACCAUCUUGCUAAGCUACGCAGCUUACUACCCAGCACCACCAAAACGGACAAGGCUUCUUUACUAGCUGAAGUAAUCCAACAUGUUAAAGAGCUAAAACGGCAGACUUCUUUGAUAGCUGAAACGAGUCCAGUACCAACGGAAAUCGAUGAGCUAACAGUGGACGCAUCGGACGAGGAUGGUAAGUUCGUAAUAAAAGCUUCACUUUGCUGUGAAGAUAGGUCUGAUCUCUUACCUGACCUGAUAAAAACCUUGAAAGCUUUACGUUUAAGAACGCUGAAAGCAGAAAUUACAACACUCGGGGGGCGUGUAAAGAAUGUUUUGUUCAUUACUGGUGAAGAAGAUUCAAUCAGUAGCGGUGAGCAACAGCAACAACAGUAUUCUAUAAGCUCAAUCCAAGAAGCAUUAAAAGCAGUGAUGGAGAAGACUUCUGGUGAAGAGUCUUCUUCAGCGAAUGUUAAGAGACAAAGAACCAAUAUCAAUAACCUUGAACACAGGUCUCUUUGAAUUCACUUGUUGAUUUCUUUUUUUUCAACUUUUUUAAUUUGUGGGUGUGUUUUAUUUGAAAAUGUUUUUGCUUUGUGUGUUUCCUUCAGUGAACAAAUAGGUUAUGAUGGUGUGUUUUGUGUACUUACAUGAAUCCCAAAUAGGAAAAUGCAAAGAGAGAUAUAGAGAGUAAAAGAGAGAGAGAGGUUUAGUUGAUAGUUUGUGAGGAUUCCCAUUUUGUUUUGGCUCGUUCAGAGAAGAGUAAGCGCACUGCAGAGAGUACUAGAGAACAAACAAAACAAAACACAAUGUGGUGGUGCAAAUGGGAUGGAUUCCAGGUUUUCUAUGUUAAGUUUUGAUAUAAAGUUUCUCUUGGCACGAAAAAGAUCCUUCACUGUUUUUAACCUUACUAUCAAACUCUUUCUCUCUCUUUUUCAGUGUGCGUGUAUGUGUCGUCAGUUAAUGUGGAAUUUAUAAUGAUCAUCUUAAGAAUGGUGACGAUGUUGUUCUCGUCAUGUUGUAUUUGUCGUCCCCACCAUGUCUACCUUCUUCUUAUCUGUUCAAUGAUGUUUCAUGCCAUUCCACUUCUGGUUGUGAGUUCAUAACCAGAAAAAACAAAAAAACCCUCCUAUGGCAUUUUUACCACUGAUGAAGUCCCUGAGAAAUGAAAGCAAGUGAUAGACUAUUGUACAUAAAAUAUAUUAUUGUAUUUCACUUUCUUGUUUCCUCUCUUCAUGUCUA